GAGGAAACAUGCUAACAGUUUGGGGAGUAGCGUUAAGCUGGCCACACCCACUCAGUUGGCCACGCCCUCCCAGCCCCCAAGGUCAACCACAGCCCUGAUGCGGCCCUCAGUGAAAUUGAGUUUGACACCCCGGCACUAGAUUAAGGUGUACUUUACAUACUCAACAGGGUUUGCAAAAGAACAGGCUGAAACAGUCGUCUCGGCCUUGAUGAGUUUGUCAGCGGUCAGCCUAGAUACCGUCUACAAGGAUAUGGUGACGCAAGCCCAACAGGAAAUAACUUUGCAGCAGAUCAUGUUUCAACUGGAUUCCAUUCGCAAGGAUAUGGUAAUUCUUGAGAAGAGCGAAUUUGCCAAUUUGAGAGCAGAAAACGAGAAAAUGAAAAUUGAAUUGGAUCAAGUUAAACAGCAACUAAUGAACGAAACUAACCAGAUCAGAGCUGAAAACAAGCUGGACAUCAACUUGGAGAGAAGCCGAGUGACCGAUAUGUUCACGGAUCAAGAAAGAAAGCUGAUGGAAGCCUCCACAGAAUUUCAUAAAAAAGAUUCCAUCAACAACAGUUCCCUGACGGAAGUCAACAAUAAAAUAGAUGGCGAGAUUGCCGCUCUCAAAACACUCAUGGAGUCGAAUAAGCUGGAAACCAUCCGGUACUUAGCAGCUUCUGUUUUCACUUGCCUUGCCAUUGCUUUGGGAUUUUAUCGAUUUUGGAAAUAAGCCCACCGAUGGGAAGAAGAAGAAAAGGAAGAAAAAUACGCCUCAUUGGACACCUCCAACAUAUCUGAGAUAAUAUCUUCGGGUUGAUCCUUUUUCAGCAUUCUUUCAACAGCCAGUGAUCUGUCUUCCAUCACUCUGGACAGAAUAGCUCAAUUUGUGCCCCAUUGGAGACUUGUAGAGGGUGAUCUACUGGAGCCCAAGAGAUCUAUGGAAAACUAGAAAAGGGAGGGAAAAGAUUAAUGAUCCAAAAGCUGCAACCAGCUAUCAUGUCAUGUACUACAGCUGGUUUUCUCUUCUCCAGCCUGAUCCUCUUAGCCUUCCUCCUUUGCGUUUGAAUCUUCUUGCCGUUGAGUUGGUACCAUAGCUUUGAGAAUUCAGAUUGGCUGUGAAUUUACACCGUUGCACUCCAAACAUAUCCGGAAGGUCUCAACAGCGGAACAUUGGUUUCCGUGAGCAUGGGUGUUCACGAGAGCUGCUGGCAGAGAAAUUUCUUCCCAUCAGGUGUUCCACUGCCCUCAUACAUAACACCACUAGAGAUUAUGUCUCACUUGACAUGAGAAAACCAACCAACGGAGAAUGUUCAAAAACUGGUUUGCCCUUGAUGUCUAAGGUGACUGAAUGUAUUGCAAAAAAAAAAAAAAAAAUUCCCCUGCGGAACACAUAACACUACUUUUAUUUCAUUCUAGAUUGGAUUGCAU